GACCACCGCAGAGGCCCCCAAAAGAGCCCCAGGACGGCCCCAGGGAGCCCGAGGACAGGUUUUUUUCGGCUCAAGGUAUUCUGGUGGGCGGGGCAGAUACUCGGGUGAGGCGCGAGAGGGGCGGCGCGCCAUCCCUGCCCGGCGAUGUCUGACGACGACCUCAUGUCGCCGCCCGGCGGCCCUGCGGAGGACGACUCCGACUACGGGGACCUUCCCCAGGACACGGGGCUGCCCGGGGGCUCAGAGCUCCCAGAUGGAAUUCAGAAGGAGAUCAUCAACGAGGCGGAUCCCGACGAUUGGAAGAGGCCGAAGUCUGGCGACGAGGUGACGGUCCACUACGUCGGCAAAUUGGCGUCCGACGGAUCGGUGUUUGACUCGUCGAGAGACAGGCAGACGCCGUUCGUCUUCACCCUUGGCAAGGGCGACGUGAUCGCAGGCUGGGACAAGGCCCUCGCCACGAUGAGGAAGGGCGAGCUCGCCACGUUCAGGAUUUCCCCAGAGUUCGCCUACGGGGCCACAGGCCAGCCGCCCAAGAUCCCGGAGGAUGCCACCCUAAUCUUUGAGAUCGAGCUGCUGUCCUUCGUCGCCAAGGACGACCUCUUCGGGGAUGGUUGCGUGAUCAAGACAGUGUUGGCGGAGGGCACCGGGUGGAGCAAGCCUAAGCCCGACGAUGAGGUGCUUAUUGAUGUGCAGGCCACCGCGGCGGCGGGGGGGCCCGCGAAAGACUGGGCCGGCCUGGAGUACAGGCUGGGCUCCAGCGCCCUCGGGCCGCUGGGCAGGGCCUGCGACGCCGCCCUCAAGGGCAUGAAGAAGGGCGAGGAGGCCCUGCUGAGGUGUACCAAAGACUAUUCAUGUGAAGAUUGGUCCGAUGGCGUGGACGUGAACAUCAAGUUGCAGGAGAUUUUCGAGACGCGCGACGUCUCCUUCAGGAAAGACGGUGCCGUCCUCAAGAAGCGAACUCGAGACGGCGAGGGUCAUACCACACCGACGGAGGCUUCGAAGGUGAAACUUAGUGUGGAUGACGCGCGGCAAGCUGACGCGCUGGUCCCGGGCUUUGCGAGCCAGGUGCUGGAGUUCACCCUCGGCAACGGGGAGGUGUGCGACGCGCUCGAGUGCGCGGCCGCGCAGAUGAAGAGUCUCGAGCGGGCGACGCUGACCGUGGCGCGCCCCGCGCUGGCCGCGGAGGCCAGACUGGGCCUGAGCGACGUUGGCGCUGGUGGCGAGUCGAUCGUCCUCAAGCUCGAGAUGAAGGAGUUCGAGAAUGGUAAGGAGACGUGGGACAUGUCGGACGAGGAGAAGCUGAAGUUCGGCGACGAGCGCAAGGCCGUGGGGAACUCGCUCUUCAAGGCGGGCAGGCUGGACCUGGCCCUCGGGCGCUACAAGAAGGUCGGUGAUGUCUUCUCAUACAUCGACAAUUACCCCGAAGACGCCAAGGCAAAGGCACGGGAAAUGAAGCAGGCAUGCGAGCUGAAUAAGGCCAUGUGCUACUUGAAAAUGAACGACUAUAGCGAGGCCAAGGCUGCUUGCAACAGUGUGCUGAAAGACGACAAGGGCAAUGUGAAGGCUCUCUUCCGGCGGGCCCAGUGCGAGCACGCGCUCCGCAAUUUCGAGGAGUGCAUCAGGGACUGCAAGCAUGCGGCCGAGGCGGACCCGCAGAACCGGGAAGUCAGGGCCCUGCUGAAGCAGGCCCUGGAGGGCCAGAAGGAGGUGGACAGGCAGGCGAAGGGGAUGUACGCGAACAUGGUGAAUGGCUUGGGCAAGUAGCAGGCGGUCGAGCAAGUCCUCAGGAGGCGUGACGGCAGCUGUUUCUGAGGCUGCCCUCGGGGGCGCGCGUCAGCAACGCCCGCGCAUUAGACGCGUAUUUCCUCCGCCCUCGUCUCUGGCGGUCAUGGCCAUUGGAUGUAUCAGCCAGCCUACGUUACGGGCAGGAAGCACCGGAUCCACGCUGGCCAAGGCUUGGGGUCCACUGUGCACGCCGCUGGACAGGGACAUGCUUGCAUCUCGCAGUUUUGUUGUUUUGAGCAUAUCUACCCGGUGUCGCAUUUGAAGCGCGAGGUACAGUCGGCUUCUCGGCCUGUGAGCCUGCGCACCAGCGGCGAGGAUGCUUAGAAUACUAUUUCAAAUACCGUGGUCACAGCUCCUCGCCAGAGCGAAAA